AAAAGCGUUGAAUUGAGUGGAAAAGGGUUCGCAUUAAAUGAGCAGAAAAGCGGACGUAAUCUAUGAGUUUGAACGGAACCCACAUUACAAUCACAUCCAAAGGUUAUAAAGUGUAGACUUAUAGCGAAAAAGAGGUCAUAAUUGCAGUGAAAGUGAUAUUCAAUUCAUUCGUUCAGUCAUUCAAUUGAUUCAAAGAUCACUUCUUUUUUUGUGUCCAAAACUUUGUGCGAAACUAAUCUGUGGAAGCGAUGGCAGACAUACCCGCGGGAGACGCCGAGAAGGGGAAGAAGGUAUUCGUGCAGCGAUGCGCUCAAUGCCACACCACGGAGAAGGGCGGCAGUCAUAAGACGGGACCCAAUCUUCACGGACUGAUGGGCCGAAAGACGGGCCAAAUGGCCGGCUUUGACUACACGGAGGCCAACAUCAAGAAGGGUAUCACGUGGUCGAAGGAGACACUGUUCGAGUACUUGGAGAACCCAAAGAAGUACAUUCCGGGCACUAAAAUGGUGUUCGCGGGCCUCAAGAAGAAGAACGAAAGGGCGGAUCUGAUCGCGUACUUAGAGUCGGCCACCAAAUAAUGCCAUCACUUUCUUCGCGCGCUUAGGAAUUAAUUUUAAAAUUUUCAUUCAAGUAUUCUUCUCCUUCUUCUCUGUCUUAUUGUCUUUGUUUUUAGUUAUUUAAACAAUUCAUUCAAUUAUUAUAUAAUUAUUUAAUGCUUUUUUGGUUUAGGAAUAAAUUUAUCGCAACCUCUUAUUUAUGGUUUGAAAUUAUAUAUGUUUUAGAAGUUAUUUUCAAAUUGUCUUAAAUUAGCUCUAAAUUACAUUCGGU